CUCGAGGGGCGUGUUCAUUUGGCGACCGCAGUUGCUGUGCUAGUUAUUACGGAAUGCAGGAAAAUCGACGUAGUUGUGCUCCAGGAGCUACAGUAGGACGGACUGCACAAAAGGAGACUUGCAAUGAACAGGAUACGAAUCCAUGUUUUGCCAUCAAGUCGGAACCGGGUGACCCAGACAGCCCGACCCCAGGAGCCCCAGGCCUGCUCCUUUACCCAGAGACCAUGCUCCCAGCUUCGCUUGGAAGGCCUGGACUUCUGCAUCAAACAUAUUCUGGAGGACAAGAAUGCACCAUACAAGCAGUGCAGCUAUGUCUCUGCAAAAAACGGCAAGCGAUGCCCCAAUGCUGCACCAAAGGUCGAGAGGAAAGACGGAGUGACAUUUUGUGCAGAGCAUGCUCAGAGGAAUGCCAUGGCUCUCCGGGCUCAAAUGAGAAAGGCAUAUUCUGGUCCGUCCCCAGAGACACUGCUAUCUCAGCUUAGCGGAUACAACCGUGCAGAGACACACAGCCGUGAUGGAGGCCGCUCUGAAGCAAGUCGUGUUAUAGAUGAGGACAGUCUGAGUGAAGAGGAGCAGGGACCCCUGGUACUUGACCAGACAUGGAGAGGAGACCCUGACAGUGAAGCCGACAGCAUUGACAGUGAUCAUGAGGAUCCUCUGAAACACGCAGGAGUGUACACAGCAGAGGAAGUGGCGCUCAUCACUCGAGAAAAACUCAUCAGGCUCCAGUCCCUCUAUAUUGACCAGUUCAAACGCCUACAGCACCUGCUGAAGGAGAAAAAGCGUCGAUACUUGCACAACCGCAAAGUGGAGCAUGAAACUCUAGGGAGUAGUCUGCUGACAGGCCCUGAAGGACUGUCCAUGAAGGAGAGGGAGAACCUGAAAAAGCUCAAAGCUCUGCGUCGAUACCGUUGUCGGUAUGGCAUGGAAGCCCUGCUGCACCGGCAGCUGAGGGAGAGGAGGCAGGCUGUGACAGAAGGGGCUCCUCAGCCACAUUCGAGAACAGUGCAUGAGAAAUGUGUCUCCUUUGUAGAAGGAAUCCGGUGUAGUAAUCCCUGCCUGCCUAUGGCUCAACACUGUGUUUCACACAUUUGCCAGGACAGCAAUCAGGUGCUUUUCAAAAUGUGUCCAGGCCUGAAAGAUGUCCCAUGUGACCGUACCGUGCACAUGGGUCAAUCCGAUGAUCCCCGCUGCCCCUUUCAUCUCACCCUGCCUCCUCCAAUGUACCAGCCUGAGCAGGAGCCUCCACCACAGGAGCAGAUCACCCCUGCAAGCAAAGACAUGUAUCUGAGUACAGCAGAGCUUCAGCCCACAGAGAGCCUUCCCCUAGAGUUCAGUGAUGACCUGGAUGUGGAGGGGGAUGGUAUGCAGGGUCCUCCAUCCCCUCUGCAGUUUGACACGGCCCUGGCCCUGGAAGACCAGACCAUCAGAGCCAUCGCUGAGGCCCCGAUGGAGAUUCUGACUGGAGAAGACCCAGACCAAGUCGACCUGGAUGCGUCAGAACAUGGGCUUUCAGAGAGAGAUGUGGAUGCCAUCAUGGAUGACCAGGUGGUGUCAGAGGUGGUAGGAGGUGAAUAAGACGCCACUGACAGUUCUCUCCCAGACUCUGCUCCAGUCAAUGCUCCCAGAUGAACGAGCUCCACCUCUGCAGCAUUAUCAGAAGAACAUGCUGGCAAAUCCAGCACAGCAGCGGCUUGUAGCAGCCAGGCCCGAGGAGGGAAACAUGCCUUUCUUUCAGCUGUGGAAGGUUUCUCUUGUCAUGUGAGUAGGACAUCCUGAAAUCAAAUUAUGCAUUAAUGUAGAGAUGUUUGUGGCUCAUGAUGUUUAAUAAGGGAACAUUCUUUCAGUCAUUCUUUUGGGUCUUUUGUUUACGCGCUGAGAACAAGGUAUGUGACUUGUAUUGCGUGGCCCCUUUUUAUACUUUGUUUACACAGCAGCAUGGUUUGUUUACACCAUUUAUGCCAAACUUCAGUUUAGUUUCCCGCUGCUGUACCCCUUACACACCCAGUAUUUACAGCAGCAGAGUGAUUUUGUUUUGUUUUCCCCUUUCCACUUCUUUUCUUCUUCCACUGCACCAGUAGGAACCAGUAUUUCAUUCAGACCUGCUUCAUACCACAAAACUACACAGUAAAUUGUGGGCUGUAUUAAGAGGUGUUGCCCUGUUGCCCUCUCCUGGAGGUGACCUCAGAAGAAUGACCUCUUCAGUUUCUAAUAGACUAUUGGACUGCUUUCACUGAUUGUACUUUGUCUUGUGGUUGUGUAUUUAUUCUGUUUUCACAUUUCUGUCUGGGUCAAAUUGCCUGAAACUUUCACCCAGUCAGUUUGUCAGUCUCAGUUCUGCAUUGCAUAGUCUGUUAAACAAGGACUCUCACUUCACAUCUGCAAAUACACCAUUUUAUGGUACAGUUGUUUCUGUACAGUCUUUCUGAUGAUAUCCAGAUGGACGCUCACUGCACAAGUAUUUUAGGCCUGCAGGACCUAUAUUAAGGCACUGAAAGCCACACAUAUGGGGAGCAUUUUAAGUAUAUGGUGAAGUUAUGUUUGGCAGCAUGGGACGACCUCUGAAAAAAAGAAACUGGGGCGGGUAACGACAUUUCACGCAGUGACAUCACUUUUCCUCAACCCAAACAGCGAACGCCGAGGCAGGGUAGAAGGCUGCUGCUGCUGCUGCAGGGAGCCGGCUGACACAGAAUGAGCACAAGCAGAGAGGUUUUUUAAAAAAAGAAUAGUUUAUUUAUAGCUUUAUUAACCAUGCUACGGCACCGUCGUCUUUGUCCGUUUCCAGCCAAAUGAGCUCCUGGGUUUUGUUGUUGAGGGGACAGAGGUGCCUGACAGACUGACUCCUCUUCAAGGAUCGUAACAAGAGCUGGUCAUGUGAG